UAGAUUUUUGUUUCCUAACAUUACCCAAUUUUCGACAUUACCUCUCUUUUUCUUUAAAAAUUACAAUUAAAUUAAGUGAAACUACUAUUUCGUUGAAAAUGAAAUGCCAUUACAAGGUGCUAGAAAUAGAAACAGAUGCAGAUGACUCCCAGAUAAAGACAGCUUACAGAAAAUUAGCUUUAAAAUGGCAUCCCGAUAAGAAUUUAGAUAAUGUGGAAUAUGCUAAGGAACAGUUCCAGUUUGUCCAACAAGCGUACGAUGUGCUCAGUGAUCGUCAAGAACGAGCUUGGUACGACAAGCAUCGCGAUCAAAUUUUGUAUGCCAAAGAUUAUCAAGAUUCCGCGUUAGACGUCUUUCAGUAUUUCACUACUUCUUGCUUUAAAGGCUAUAAUGACGGACCUGACGGCUUUUACACAGUAUAUCGACAAGUAUUCGAAAAGAUCGUCGCCGAAGAUACCGAGCAUGCAGAUGACGAUGCCGAUUCAUCUAUUCCGCCAUCCUUUGGAUCCUCCACAAGCGAUUACGAUGAUAUUGUAGGGCCAUUUUAUGCGUACUGGACUUCGUAUAACACAAAACGCAGUUAUGCUUGGUUAAAUCCUCAUAAUAUUCAAGAAGUUCGCGACCGUCGAAUUUUUAAGCUGGUGGAGAAGGAGAACAAAAAAGUUCGCCAGAAAGCAAAAAAGGAGAGAAACGAGGAAGUGCGAGCCCUGGUCGCUUUUGUUAAAAAAAGGGAUGAAAGAGUGCUGGAAAAUUCCAGACGAUUAGAGGCAAAAAUUGCACACAACCGGCAAAAGCAAGAGGAAUUGAGCAGGCAGAAACGAUUAGAGCGAAGAAAAGAGCUAAGUGACGCCCAACCGGCUGCAGAGUGGACUAGGUUUGAUAAUGUCGAGAGACAAUUAAAAGAUAUAGAGAAGGAAUUGGCUGAAACGUUUGGUGAGGAGGUUUCAGGUGAUGAGAGUAAGGAUUCGGAUAGCGAGUUAGAUGAGAAUUUAUUUUGUGUAGCGUGUAAUAAACUGUUUAAGUCGACUAAGGGAUAUGCAAAUCAUGAGACCAGCAAAAAACAUAAGCAGAAUGUUAAAAUACUUAAGGAAACUAUGACUGCUGAGGAUUUUAAAGAAAAUGCAACUCCUGAAGAUCUUCAUGCAGCUGAUGACCAGAAUGCCGAAACUGAUGAUUUAGUACACGAUGAUGUAGACAGAAAGAAAACAAAGAAAGCGAAGAAUGUUCUUCAAACCACCUACCAUAGCGAUUCCGAGAUAGACAAUGAAUUCAUAGUACAAGAAAAUGGUGAUGAGGAUCACUUUGGGGAGGCUUCUACAAAAAAGAAGAGGCGAAAACCCAAAAGUGGGACUGUGAAGACAGACGUUCUUAAGGAAACAGAAGACGUUAAAUUAGAACAAACAAGUGACGCACAGAGUGAAAAGAAAGGAAAAAGUAAGAACAAAGUAAAAAAUAAGUCAAAAGUUCCUGUCCGCCAACCAGAGAGGGAUCAAGAUAAUGUGUGCGUGACAUGUAAAUCUCAAUUCCCUUCUAAAAAUAAGUUAUUUAGUCAUCUCAAAAGUACACAGCAUAGUGUCUACUUACCCGCUACUUCACAUAGCAAGAAUUCUAAAGAGUAAAUGUUUCCCGGUUUUUGAUUUUGUUCAACUAUUUAUUUAUGGCAUAUGUAAAUAUGACUGGUAGUAAAUAAAUUAUUAUAAUCUAUUUUUGUCUGUAGAUAUAAAUCAGGUAAUCUGAGAUAAUAAUUUACAUCUCAUUACAUGCAUAGUGUAGCAUAAUAAGCCGGUAUUAUAAAGCUGUACUUAACUAUGUUGUCAGCUAACUGCAUGUGUUUGGAUAUUUUAGGAAAGAAUAAGGUCGCUCUUUGCAAAAACAUCCAAUCACAUGCCUUAACAACAUCGUUAGCUGACAACAUAGUUAAGUAUGGCGUUAUAAUACUGGCCGAAUAUGUUUCUGUUGAGUGUCAAACUCCAAUCGCGCAAUAAAUUUUGCCAAUGUAACAAACAAAAGUGUUAAAUAGAGACUCUACAGUUUCUGAUGUUCAGCGAUUAUUCUUCCAUUUAAUAAAAAAAUGUAUGCUAGUGUUUGAUCUUCAAUGGUCUCUAAUUUAAAAAUUAAAGAGGGCUUGUCAUCUAUUUAAUAUUAUAAUUUUGUAGGAACGUUUAUAUUUUUUGACACAUUUGACUUGUACCUCAUCAGUGAUAGCAAUUCACUUUGUUGCAUCAUCAGAAUUAAAUUACUCCACAAACUGUAAUGCCAAAAUCAUGCAUUUAGACUAAUUGUGGCUUUCCUACAGCUGGAGUACCUCCAAUUCAACUGCAUAAUGGCGACUUAGCAUUCAUCCCCCUAUUGUUUAUCAAAAAAUUAUGGUGGCACUUUCAUUUAUCUUCAAGUACAUAUUUGGAAACAUGAGUAAAAAGGUGUGCUAUCCUUCAGCGCAUCGCAACAGACAACCUAUUCUUGAAGCACUACA